ACCCCCCACACCCCCCCACCUCCCCAUAGGUUUCCUGAGCACGGGGGACCAGGCUGCCAAAGGCAACUAUGGGCUGCUGGACCAGAUCCAGGCCCUGCGGUGGCUCAACGAGAACGUGGGGCACUUUGGGGGCGACCCACAGCGCAUCACCAUCUUUGGGUCCGGCGCCGGCGCCGCCUGCGUCAGCCUCCUCAUCCUGUCCCACCACUCAGAAGGACUCCAUCCCCAUGUCAUCCCUAUCAGCUGGUAGGAUCCAUCCCUACAUCAUCUUCAUCUCCUGCUGGGAUCCCACAUCUCCAUCACCUGGCCUGUUCCAGAAGGCCAUUGCUCAGAGCGGGACGGCCAUCUCCAGCUGGUCGGUCAACUACCAGCCCCUGAAAUACACGCGGCUGCUGGCGGCCAAGGUGGGCUGCGAGCGCGCCGACACGGGGGCUGCGGUGGAGUGUCUGAGGAGACAACCCUACCGGGCCCUGGUGGACCAGGACGUGCAGCCGGCCCGGUACCACGUGGCCUUUGGGCCGGUCAUUGAUGGGGAUGUGAUCCCAGAUGACCCAGAGAUCCUGAUGGAGCAGGGAGAGUUCCUCAACUACGACAUCCUGAUCGGGGUCAACCAGGGCGAGGGGCUGAAGUUCGUGGAGGAUUCUCUGGAGAGCGAGGACGGCAUCUCGGCCUCGUACUUCGACUUCACCGUCUCCAACUUUGUGGACAAUCUGUAUGGCUACCCCGAAGGGAAGGACACCCUGCGAGAAACCAUUAAGUUCAUGUACACGGACUGGGCUGACAGGGACAACCCUGAAACACGCCGCAAGACCCUGGUGGCCCUCUUCACUGACCACCAGUGGGUGGCUCCGGCCGUGGCCACGGCCAAGCUACACGCCGAGUAUCAGUCCCCCGUCUACUUCUACGCCUUCUACCACCACUGCCAGAGCCUGAUGAAGCCUGCGUGGUCCGACGCGGCCCACGGGGAUGAGGUGCCUUACGUGUUUGGGAUCCCCAUGAUCGGCCCCACAGACCUGUUCCCCUGCAACUUCUCCAAGAACGAUGUCAUGCUCAGUGCUGUGGUGAUGACCUACUGGACCAACUUUGCCAAGACGGGGGACCCCAACCAGCCCGUCCCUCAGGACACCAAGUUCAUCCACACCAAACCCAACCGCUUUGAGGAGGUGGUUUGGACGCGCUUUGACGGCAAGGACAAGCGCUACCUGCACAUCGGGCUCAAGCCGCGCGUCCGCGACCAUUACCGCGCCAACAAGGUGGCCUUCUGGCUCGAGCUGGUCCCCCACCUCCACAACCUGCACCAGCUGCCCCACGCCUCCACCACCACCCGCCUCCCCCCCCCCGGACCCCCCCGCCGCCCCCCUCCUUCCUCCACCCGCCGCCCCCCGCCCGCCCCGUCGUCUCCUCUGUCCCCUCUGGAGGAUGAUGAGGACGAAGACCCCGAUGGGGGGGGGGGUCGCCGUCGUUUCGCCCCGUUCCCGGGGGACUCUCGGGACUAUUCCACCGAGCUGAGCGUGACGGUGGCCGUGGGGGCGUCCCUCCUCUUCCUCAACAUCUUGGCCUUCGCCGCGCUCUACUACAAGCGGGACAAGCGGCCGCCUCCCCCCCCGGAAGGGAGGCCCGGGGGGGUCCGUCGCCUCAGCCCCCCCCUGGCGCCCCGCGGAGCCCCCAACGAUCUCUUGGGGGGAGGGGGAGAGGAGGAGCUGGUGUCGCUGCAGCUCAAGCACCCCCCCCCCGAGCGAGGCGGGAUCCUCGGGGGGGGGACGGAACCCCCCGACAGCGCCCUCAGAGCCCCCCCCGGCGGCCCCCCGGACUACACGUUGGCGCUGCGGAGGGCCCCCGACGACAUCCCCCUCCUCACCCCCCCCAACACCAUCACCAUGGUCCCGGGGGGGCUGCCCCCCCUGCACCCCUUUGGGCCGUACCCCCCCGGGCACAACAGCACCCUGCCCCACCCCCACUCCACCACCCGCGCAUUAUAGGGACCCCCCCU